AUGUCUGAAUCUGCUACCGAUAAAUCGCAAUUAACUAAAUAUGAACAACACUAUUUUUCAUCGUAUGAUCAUUUUGGUAUACACGAAGAAAUGUUAAAGGAUACUUCACGUACCUUGAGUUAUCGUAAUGCCAUGUACAGAAAUAAGGAUUUGUUCAAAGAUAAAAUUGUUCUUGAUGUUGGAUGUGGUACCGGUAUUUUGUCCAUGUUUGCCGUUAAAGCUGGCGCCAAACAUGUAUACUCUGUGGAUAUGUCGUCUAUUAUUGACAAGGCAAAGGAAAUCGUGGAGUUGAAUGGGUUCAGCGAUAAGAUUACUUUGUUGCAAGGGAAAUUAGAAGACAUCACCUUGCCAGUUGACAAAGUUGACAUAAUAAUAUCAGAGUGGAUGGGUUAUUUCUUGUUGUACGAAUCUAUGUUGGAUACAGUCUUGUAUGCCAGAGACAGAUAUCUUGUUGAAGGUGGGUUGAUUUUCCCCGACAAGUGUCAAAUGUACAUUGCUGGUAUUGAGGAUGGACAGUACAAAGAUGAAAAAAUACAUUAUUGGGAAGAUGUUUAUGGAUUUGACUACACUCCGUUUAUCAAAACUGCUAUGGAAGAACCAUUGGUUGACACUGUCAACAAUCAGUCUUUGAUUACCAAAGGUACCAAGUUUUUUGAAUUUGAUAUCAAUACUGUUACGAAAGAGCAAUUAUCUUUUAAGAAAAAGUUUGAGUUACAGGCAAUUGAUAACGAUUACUGCCAUGCCUUUAUUGUGUACUGGGACGCUAUAUUUCCAGGUAAGCAAAAAGUUAUCUUACCAACUGGGCCAAUGCACCAAUACACCCAUUGGAAGCAAACUGUUUUUUACAUGGAUCAAGUCUUAGAUCUUAAGAAAGGUGACGUUAUUAAUGGUGAAAUUACUGCUGUACCAAGUAAAGUCAACCCAAGAGAACUUGACAUUGAUAUCUCAUGGGAGGUAAAAACUCAAGCCAAUGAUAAAUCAAGAGAAUUGAAGGGCGAGUACACUUACUUUUUACGUUAG